GCUGUGUAGAAGUCUCAGUGUUACCGAGUGGAGGAAAACAUCGAGGUUCCCACAAAGCUAAAUGAUGAAUUUAUUUAUUAAUCCUUUUGUAUAGUCAUAUGUCUUACAUCAUAGCAUCGCGUUUGCUAUUCAAAUAGUUUCUUCGGUGUUUUGCUUCGCUGGAUAGAUCUGACUUAAGAUGAUAUUGUGUACUUAUAUGUUAAAGCUAUGGAGUAUGUAAACACGACUUCUCAGCUGUGUUUAUAGUUGUUAUUACCUGAGGAACGGAUAGGUAUGUAUAGCCAAUAGAAGCGGUCGUCACUGUAAUAUACACAUUACCUGUGAAAUAGUGAAAUGAGAGACGGCUACACAUUAAACACCGUAGUCCCAUUGUAUGGUAACAAUACAAAGCCAAUCAUCAGAUUAAUUUAAAACCCAGCUACAAAUAAAGACCGGGAUGUUGUUGAAUUAUUAACUUCCAUCCGAAGUAUAACGUGAUACAGCUGUGGCGGGUGGAGAUACAGUCGUGUGUAAGUCAGUCUUCCACAAGUGAUCGAGGGGCGACAAGGAUCGAUACGACUACAGCGCCGACCUGAAUACCUGCAUUGUAUCAGUCAUAACCACCAAGUGAUUUGCACAUUCCGGACAUAAAUGUUGUGCCACGGUCCCGCCAGAGCUGGGUCCUGUCAUUGAAAGUCUUUUCACACGUGUGGAGAACCGAUUCCUACCCUUCUUGCUGUCACCAUUCUGUAUAACAUUAAGUCGUCUGCCUUUUAACAUUAACGUAAAGCACGUUGAUUCAGGAACCUGUCCCGGAGGAACGGGCCAGUCGUUAACAGAGAACCAGGAUAUUAGUGAAAGUCGAUCGUGGCCUAGUCUGUCUGUGAGUGUACCACUGUGAUACACACCUGAGAGCGGGACGAGAUAGAUAAAGGACUUAUUUGGCUUGCUGUGAGUGUAUUGUCAUUCUGACGCCCGAGGGGGCAAACGUGCCGCACACCAUCGUCGUAUACCUCUGCACCAGGAUCAAACAAGGGCAGCCUCUGUACAUCUAUCUACCUAAACAUCAUGAGGUUGACGCCUGACCACGUGGAAGAGACAUUAACUGUAGUGAAACUGCCUAACUUCGAGGAAAAGUACGACGUCAGUACACUCAACUACGACAGCAUGAAGCGAUAUCAUGGUGAAGUACACAUGGAGCCUACAAUGGAACCUGUUCACUACAAAGACACUAUCAUCCUGUUUAGUAACUGUACCAAGAAAAGAUUUGUAAGCCACACGUAUUAUGAGCCUAAAGUGAAACCAAAGUAUUUCUCCGAGACAUUGGUAAUAUUCCCCAAACGUCCAUACAAGACAUUCGCCUCCUGUGUGGAUUACCAUAUAGACGAGUGUCGGAAAUGGUACCGGACUAGCAUGGAAUUCACUGCUCGGACCUUCACAACCAAUAGAAUCCAGAAACGGAAAUCGGACAAACAAGCAGCCUCCUCAAAGACUGGCAACAAGUCUACUCAUGAUCCCGAUGGACCUGGAGCCUCCCAGAUAUUCUUGCCAAGGUACAACAGAGAUAAGAUGGAUGAUAGUGACGAUGUGAUACAGAAUGUAAAUCUCGUAAACAGCGGAUUAAUGAACGGUUAUAGCGGACUCAGCAAUGGGCAUUUAACGAACGGGGAUAUAUUGAACGGGGAACUGUUAAACGGAGACAUUCUAAUACCAGGUAUACAGAGUCAUAGAUGGGUAUGAUGGGUGGGAACAGUGGGGACAAUAUAAUACCAGGUAUACAGAGUCAUAGAUGGGUAUGCUGGGUGGGAACAGUGGGGACAAUAUAAAACCAGGUAUACAGAGUCAUAGAUGGGUUUGAUGGGUUGGAACAGUGGGGACAAUCUUCUACCAGGUAUAAAAACAGGGUUAUAGAUGGGUUUGAUGGGUGGGAAUAACGGGGACAUUGGCAUAUCAGGUAUACAAAGUCAUGCAUGAAAAGGACGAAUUACAAUGGUCUUAUUUGAUUAAGUAUUGUCAAAUAUGUCUUGAUACUUUUCCAUGUACCUAGCCAUUUCAUCAGACUUUGAUCAGAAUAUCAAUUCCGCUUUUACUUCAAAUGAGUUGUCAAUAUGCAGUGUGCUACUUCUAUUCCUCAUGACAAUGUUCUCAAGUGAACAAUCUGAGACUGUUGUUGUUUCAGUACACAAGGAAUUGCGUCGUUGACAAACAUAGUGUGCACACUCUUAACAUCAGACAUGAUUGAUAGGGAAAGUCGAUUGUCACAUCUGCAAAUCAUUCCCUAAAAUGUUUUAAUUAGCGAAUCUUUCAAUCAAACAAUAUAUUCUUGUUUACAAAACACAGAGUACAAUGUGUGUUAGCAUUGUCGUCGUACUUGACUGUUUGUCACGGAUCCUCCCGAGGUUGACCGCUGUGGACUUCGGCUGGUAAAGAAUGUACAGGGAACGAACCAUUGUGGUUAAGUCAACCAUUUCUGCUAUGUCUACAAUUAAGAUUUUUCGUUCUGUGGUAAGAAUACCGCAAAUGUCGUAGGAAAUUAACAGGAAAAUUCCCGAGUGGCCAACACUAAGCAUCUAGACGUAUGUGAUUGGAGAUAUGGAUACACAGAGUGGAAAGUGACUGUGUGUGUGCUUUUGUAGGGGAAUAUGUCAUCAGGAUCUAAACGUUUAACUAUUCGUCAUUCUGGAAAUGAGAUUCCAUUUGAGAUAAUUUAAAAAUCAGAUCUUUGAAGCGUUACAGACGACGCAUACAUAACCAUCAAAGGCAGGUGUAUCAUAGGAUAUUAUAAUGAAUCCAUUUAAUGAGUGUGUAAAAUGUUGACGGGAUACGCUUCAGUGAUGUCUGUAUUAAAACGAUCUCACGUC